UGUUUACAUAUCUUUCGAAUAUUACCGAGGUCGAUCGUAUGGUCUCUGACCGCAAAUCUCGUUCUCGCAAAUAUACACGCGCAUAAAAUCACGCGUUUCCUUCUUUUUUUAUGGCAAAAUUCCUACUUGUGUUUUGUCGCGCCUUUGACAGAGUUAUCGAAAUUAUCUCGAGUAUCGUAAAUAUAGUGUAAAUCAUUUUAUCGGUCAUUUGCGUUAUUAAAAUAGUUACGUCUUCGGCUCGUAAGCUUUAUGACAAUGCUGGUAUUACUUGGUAUAUCUUUAUCCAUCGGAGCUCUCGAAGAUUUGACGCUAUAUUUUUACAUUGCAUGCGGUGUCACUGCUGGCGCGCUUAUCUUACUUUUCAUUUUGGUUAUCGUGCUAUUCGUGAAAGUAAAUCGGUUAGCUGGAGAUGGGUCUAACCAACUAAACAGGCAGACGAAUAUGAUGGCAGAUUUUUGUUAUACCAAUCCUACAAUCGUGCCAGGAGAAUUACUCUCUCGUCGUGGCUUUUCCAUGUACAGCGGAGCUACAGAUGAAGAUUUUGGCAAGAAUAAAAACAAUCACUAUGGGACUUACUAUGAGGCUCGAUCAAAAUUUUGAUAUAUUGAAUCAAUCCUAUAAAACUAUAAAUCGAAUCAUUUGUGUGUUUAUUUAUAUCAAUUAAUCGAUCAUUGAUUAAGCCAAAUGGAGAUUAAAUCAAACUUAUUAAUAAGUCUUAGCUUAAUUUAAUUGUUUCUAAUUAUUAUUAAUUUUCCUUAAUAUGUAUAGUAUUCUGUUAUGUACUUAUUGUGAAAUUACAUAUAGUUUAUUGUCUUAAUGUCUUUGUGUAAAUAUUAGAUAUCUGUCAUAUUAAAGUAUAAAAAUCAA